AUGAGAGGAGCGCAGGGGGUCACCCGGGUUGCAGAGGUCAGUGUGGCAGGCGGUGCUGCUCCUUACCUCCGAGACAGUUUGGAGGAAUUGUUAGGGGAAGGUUUUGUCAAGGGAGGCGACAUGGUGCUGGAGACCAGGCUAGCUCCAGUCGAUAUGCUGAAACAUCCAGGUUCAGCUGCUCUGCAGGUAUCCAUAUCCUUGAACAAAGUGGAGUUAAGUGUCGGGGAGUCCAAGUUCUUCACCUGCACAGCUAUUGGUGAGCCGGUAGAAAUCGAGUGGUUCAACCCCCUGGGUGAUCGCAUGGUGAGUUCCAAACGCAUGUCGCUGCAGACCGAGGGGUCCCGAUCGCGGCUCGUCAUCUACAACGCCAUCAUCGAGGACGCGGGAAUCUACCGCUGUCAAGCCACCGAUGCCAGCGGUCACACAGAGGAGGCGUCGGUUGUGCUGGAGAUCUACCAGAAGCUGUCGUUCCGGAAUGUUAUAUCGCCUCAGGAGUUCAAACACGGUGAGACGGCGGAGGUGGUGUGCGACGUCAUCAGCUCUCCGGUGCCGAUGGUCGUUUGGUACUACCAGGACAAAGAGAUCACCCAGGAGCACCAAAGCAGGUUCCAGGUUCUGCCAAACAACAACCUGCAGAUCCACCAGGUGAGCAAGGCGGACGAGGGUGUGUACCGCUGCGAGGCCAGCGUGGAGGCCCGAGGCGAGAUCGACUUUGUAGACAUAGCCGUGGUCGUCAACG